AUAAAGUUAUGUAUAAAGUUUAUGUAUAAAGUUAUGUAUAAAGGUAUAAACCCGUUCACCCCAAGAACGUUCCAUUGUCAUUCUUUGGUCUCACUGAAUCCAUGGUGAACUUGCCAGGGGUUGAAACCUAUUCCUCGCAGAAAUGAUGGCUUCGUAGGUGAGAAAAUUUCUCCCAGACACACUUUUACACACAAGCACGUACCAAACGCUUAACGGUCACAGCCACCCAAUGGCCAACGGUCACCCAGCAACAGCGUGCACACAGCACAGCCACCGAUGGCCGCGACCCCGCCGCGUCGAGCCCGCGAUGGUUCCUAACGCACGCACUCUCGCACUCCCGCGGCCCGUCCACCCGAAACAUCGCGAGAUCCGGCCUUGCGGUUUAGCUCCGGAGCUUUACGCCUAGACACUACGUUUCCCAGAAGAGACUGCGGCGCUGGCCCAAUCGCGGCGCAGCAUCGGUGGUACUAUAUGCGCCUGCGCCAUCUUCCGGCUCCGGGCGGCGAGUCCGCCGUUACUGAGGAGGAGGCGCCCCCCGGGUUGGCGGGGGGGGCGCGGCCGCGGUGGCACCCGUACCCGAAGAGGCGGCGGGUGAGGGGUUCCGGAACUUGCCGGGCGUUCCGGGGGUCGGUGCAGGAGCGGGUGCCGCGGCUGGGCGGGUCUCGGGCCUGGGAAGAACCCGGACGCCUCGCCGCGGGGUCGGUUGCGGCUCUUCCGGCUCUGGACUAUACUUCCCAUCGGCCUCCGCGGCUUGCCCCCUAGCGUCCUCUUCACGCGGCCAAGCUCGCAGCCGGGUCCACGGGCCCCUUAGCUCCGCCGCCUCGGGACUCCGCCCCUCUGGGGGGACAGACCAGGAGGAGGGCCCACCAACCCGUGACAUUCUGAAAGUCAUGUCCCGUGGGUCAGACUCGUUCGGGGACGUGGCCGUAGUCUUCUCCCAAGAAGAAUGGGAGUGGCUGGCACCUGCUCAGAGGGCUUUGUACAGAGACGUGAUGUUGGAGACCUAUAGCAACCUGGUGUCCCUGGGUCUGGCCAUUUCCAAACCUGACGUGAUCUCCUUCCUGGAGCAAGGCAGAGAGCCCUGGACGGUGGAGAUGGCAGCGGCAGGCGGCACGCGCCCCGAUGUUCAGUGGCUGUGUUGUGGCUCGUGGCGGCUGUGCUGGACAGCAGUGCAGAGCGUUCCCAUCACUGCAUAAAGUCCAGCCGGCCGGCACAGAUCAUCUCCGCCUCAGCUUCCCCCUUAGACUCAGGUGCCUCACCCACCUGCCUUCUCCUCGUGGCCCCUCGGAUGCGCUCUGGGCACUUGGAACCUGACAAGUCCGAAGAGAAGUCCCUGAUCCUCCCUAGUAAAUCUGCCCUUCCCCUGUGCUGCAUGUGAUAGGGAA